CUUUCCACCGUUGUUCUCGGCAUGAUUAGUAAAGGACAUGUCACCGGUAACUAUCAAUAAGCAGUCGGCUAAUAUGGUAGGAAUGUAAGGCGCCUGUAUAUAAGUGUGUGUCAACUUUACACGUCCUCUACUGCCGGGUUUAGGGAUUUGCUGGCGGUGUUUGCUUGCUCGAUUGCCAGUGCGGCUUCUCUAACGGCAUUCAAGCUACCAAUAUGCUUGAUUUGUCAUCACACUUGCCUCAGGGUCGAGGUACAUAUAUCUCAAAAAGAAUAAAAGGUUCGGUCUCAACGUACUUUGGUCGAUAUCUUCGUUCACCUACAGAAGAUAUUCCCUUAAAGUAUAAUUUCAUCCAUUCCAACAAAGAGCCAAAAUGGCUACGACGAAACCAACCAUAGUAUUCGUUCCAGGAGCCUGGAGUUCACCCGCAGGAUUUGAUGUUGUGCGACGACUAUUAGAGUCUCAAGGCGUUCCAACCGCAGCUGUUGCCCACCCAUCCACAGGUGUUGAACCGCCAAGCCAGACGCUUUCUGAUGAUGUGGCAAACUUGCGAGCAUCCCUGGAGCAUGAGACUGGGCAAGGAAGGGAAGUCAUUCUUGUGGCCCAUUCAUAUGGUGGAUUUGUUGCCUCCGAUGCAGCCGAGGGAUAUGGAUUGGCUCAGAGAAAGGCUGUAAACAGGAAAGGUGGCAUAAUCGCAAUACUGUACAUUGCUGCUUUCCUGGGCAAUAAAGGUAUGACUAUUACCGACCUUGCAGGAGGAAGCUUGCCACCGUUCAUGCAACUUGAUGGUUUAUAUUGCAGAAUGAUUGGUGAGGCGGAUGUUCUGUUCAAUGGUCUGGAUCCACAGGAUCAGGAGACAAGAGUGUCUGAGUUAGUUCACACUGCAUCAGCUGUUUUCAGAAGUCCAAUUAGUUAUGAACCAUGGCACACGGUCCCAUGUUAUUAUCUAAUUUGUGAAGGUGAUAACGCCGUUCCUCCUUCAGCACAAGAGGCAAUUGUCCAAACUGCGGGCAAAAUGAAAACUUACCGCUGUGAUUCAUCGCACUGCCCUUUCUUGAGUGUGCCGGAAAAAGUUGUUGAAGUUCUUGAGUCUAUGAUCCAGGAGCAAUGCUAGCUUGCUUGCAUCAUGUCAGAUUCUGAAUUUGAGUAAUACUGAGAGGAUUCAAUAUUAUAUGAAGCAUUUCGCGAAAUGAGAAGAUUUACAGAAAGCUUUCAGCCACUCCAAGUGAAAUGAGAUGAUUAUUAUUUCCGCUUUCACAUCAAAUUUGAUCGUUCAUCAGUGUCUCCUGUCUGUGCUCUUUAGUUCUGAACCUUGGAAUAUAUGAAAGAAGGAGAAUUAAAGUCCAGAUCGACACAUGCAGAGAGGGAAUUUGAAGUCUGCAUGAAACCUGAUAUUUCUUAGUAUAUUUGCCUAAACUUCAGCUCAUAUGCUGUGUUGUACAGGUGAAUGG